CUUAAACCACUUGGAUCCUGUCAGUCACAAAUCGUUUACCGUUGCUAUUGACUCAAAAGUGUCCGUGGUUUAUCAUCAACCCAGCGUGUGGACGACGUGCCCGUCACCCGUACACACAAGCCUGGAACCCCGGGACCUUUGUCCCUUCGAUGGUGAUAUUUACCCUGUGUUGUUCGACGGAAUGGCAUUAAAAUUCUUGCAAUAGUCACAGUGUAUUAAAAGCCUGUCUGCUGUUGCUGCUGUAAGGAAGAGCGGGGUAAUUUUACAGUGAAAAACUUGGGUUGGAUUUUGUUUCAUUCCGUGUUGGUGUUCAUUUCGGAAACUCCAUUGUUGUUGCCUAAAAUAAUCAUUUGGUUUUUGUGAGUCUGACUGCAUUUUCAACAGAACCCGGUUUACUCAAAACAACUGGAUAUGGGAAUGACAGUUCCAGAAUAAAGCAAUCGCCUGGACCUGGACGCAACCAUUGAGAGAAAUUGCGGUUGCUGGUUGAUUCCUUGCAGAAAUAAAAAAUAACAAAGUACCCGAGGACAAGUUAUGGCAGGGGAGAACCUAACCGCGCCCUUUGACCUCGCCCUGGAUGGGAGCUCAUUCUUUGGUAUCCGUAACAUUGGAGUUGCGCAGUGCCUGUGCGAUCACGGUCCCAUCGUGCUCAGCAACGCACAGAGGUAUGGUGGGAUAUCGUCAAAUGCGUUGAUUGCCGCUGUCAUGGCAACGGCUCGAGAAAAUAUACCUAGUUACCUCUACGCACUCUAUGACAUCGUGGACGAGGUUGCACCGUUGCCUUUUGGCGCGCUUUCUGUUGGUUUUGAUUUUAUUGAUCGUCUGCGGUCAGCGCUGAAAGCAAAUCUACCGAGUGAUGCACAUGUAAAGGCGACAGAUCGACUGUACGUAAAAGCCACUGUUCUCAACAUUGUGGACAAAUACAACUCUGUAAGCGUUCAUGAUGUGGACCAGGGGACGAGUUCGAGUAUACGAACUAAAGGACCAAAGGUGUUUGAGAUAGGAGAUCGAUGCUGGAAGAUUGGGAACGAGGUUGAGAUUUCGAGAUAUGAAAGCUUGGAGGAACUAAUUGAGGUUUUACUUGGCUGUAUUUACGUGCCGUGGUUUCCAGGCUGGAUCCCACCACAGUAUAAUGGUCGUUUCCUCGGGGAUGCCACACUCUUACAGACCAGCAACCUCCCAUCAAACGUCAACUUCAGCUUCGGCACACCAAAUAAGCUCAUCAGAAUCUCGCCCGAUCCCAAAUCCCGCGCGACAAUGCGAGACAAGAUCGCCUGUGGUUGGGUGGAUACAACGGGUCAACGGUUCGAUAUCAGCGCACUGGAGAUGUUUCGGACUGGCAACGGACUCUACCCACCGCCCAAAGGGCAUUUAGAAGCGUACUAUGCAGAUGGAUAUGAGGACGCAACCAGAUUCUUGAAAUUUUAUCACUGUUAUGCGGAAAACCAGAAGGGCUUUGAACCUAGACAUGAUCGGUACGCGGCUGUACAUUCCGUUGAGGACCUUCGAUAAAAACAUUUUGGUCUGUAGGAUUUGAAACUUUGCAUGGUGGAAAUACGAUAUGGGAAAGAUUUGCACCAUGGAGGAAGGAAGAGAA